GCCCCGCCGACGGCCGGAAACGCAAGGGUGGACCUUGUAGGGGUAGUUUUAUACGACUCGGGUCGGGGGAUCGGUGUCUGAGCGGUCUCAAGUCGGAAGCGACAAGAGGCCUGCGGGCCGAGCUCGAGAUCCAUCUGCCCAGAACUGUCUUCUGCAGAGCCCGGCAUGGGUUUCCUGACCGCGGUGACUCAAGGCCUGGUGCGGGGAGCGGACAGGAUGAGCAAGUGGACAAGCAAGCGGGGACCACGCACCUUCUACAAGAGCCGAGGUGCUAAGAGAACAGGCAUCUAUGCCUCAAAUGGGAAGUUUGUGCAGAUAAAGGAAAUGGUUCCAGAAUUUGUCGUCCCGGACUUGACCGGCUUCAAGCUCAAGCCCUAUGUUAAUUACCGAGCUCCUGCAGGCGUUGACACACCCCUGACCGCCAAAGCGCUUUUCCUGGAAACUGCGGCACCUGCUAUUGAAAAAGACUUUAAAGAAGGGACUUUUGAUGCUAACAAUUUGGAGAAAUAUGGCUUUGAGCCCACACAGGAAGGCAAGCUGUUCCAGUUGUAUCCUAAGAAUUUCCCACGCUAGAAAACUGUGACAGAGACCAAAAGUUUGCCUAUGAAGUGGAGACAAUACAAGCCUUCGAUUCUGAGUGUCUCGAAAAGGAGGAGCAGCUUCUUUGUGCAUUUCUAUUAAAGGCCUUUGGUAACUCA